AUGGGCUCCUGCGUGUCGCGAGACCUCUUCACAAGUGCCCACCACGACUGCCCUAUGCCCCAAGGCAUGGGUGCCCUCAGCCCACAUCUGCCAUCAGGCCAUGUCACCCCUGCUGCGGACCAUGUCACUGGCAAGGACAAACAGAUGGAUUUCUGUUGGGAUCCUUGGCAGAGGUGCUUCCAGACCACCAACGGCCAUCUCUGCGACUCCAGAUCCUGUGCCAGCAACUACAACGUGGCUGCCCUGGCCACCUCGUCGCUUGUGGGCGUGGUGCAGAGCAUCAAAGACCACAUGACAAAGCCCACGGCCAUGGCUCGGGGCCGCGUGGCCCACCUCAUCGAGUGGAAGGGCUGGAGCGCCCAGCGAUCAGGCUGGGAGGUGUCCCCAGGCGAGGACGAGCGUUACUGCUGUCUCUCAGAUGAGCUACGGGAGGCCCGCUUCGCCGCAGGGGUCGCCGAGCAGUUUGCCAUCACAGAGGCCACACUGAGUGCCUGGUCCUCGCUGGAUGACGAGGAGCUGGACGAUGAGCUGCCUGCUGGCCUCAGCCCCCAAGACACCGAUCAGCUCCAGGGCCUGCAGGACAGCUUCCCCAGCGGCCCCUCGCGGGAUGACAGCCUCCUGGCCUUCUCCUCUCCUGGUCUCUCCCCUGAUGGCUGGCCCUCCCCUGACCCCAAAGCAGCUGCCUGCCCGCAGCCCCCUAGCCCUGAGCAGCAGCCCCGGCAGCGGCUACCUGGGGGGCUGGGGCCUGAGGUGGGGGGCUGCCCGCAGGGCUCCCUGCCCUCAGUGGACAGCGGCUCCCUCUCGGAAGAGGAAGAUGAGGUUUUCUAUAACUGA